AUGGCAUGUGACGCAGACCCCUCAGCCUUAGCCAACUAUGUUGUGGCGUUGGUCAAGAAAGACAAACCAGAGAAAGAGCUGAAAGCUUUCUGUGCUGAUCAGCUGGAUGUCUUUCUGCAAAAAGAAACUUCGGGUUUUGUAGAUAAACUUUUUGAAAGUCUGUACACAAAGAGUUAUCUUCCCUCUCUUGAACCCACAAAAGUGGAAGCGAAGCCUGCAGGUCAGGAAAAAGAAGAAACCAAGGAAGAGUUGCCGCUUAAACAGAAUUUUCAAGAAUCAGUUGAAGAAGAGCGGGAUGGCAGGAAAAAGAAGUAUUCCAGUCCGCAGAGAAGCCGUGCAGAUUCCAGUGAACAAAGAACCAGAGAGAAAAAGAGAGACGAUGGAAAAUGGAGGGACUAUGACCGAUACUACGACAGGAGUGACUUGUACAGAGAGAAGUCUGGCUGGCGACGUGGCAGAAGUAAAAGUCGUAGUAAAAGCAGAGGGUUAAGUCGAAGUCGUAGCCGCAGUAGGGGUAGGAGCAAAGACCGUGAUACAAGCCGAAGUGUUGAGCACCGAGAGAGAUCAAAAUUCAAGACUGAAAGAAAUGAUGUUGAAGGCUCAUAUAAUCCAGUGUCCGUGUCUCCCAGUAAAUCUACUGAACAGUAUUCCUCUGCACAAUCUAUUCCCAGUGCUGUCACUGUAAUUGCACCUGCGCACCAUCUUGAAAACACAACAGAGAGCUGGUCAAAUUACUAUAACAAUCAUAGCAAUCCCAGUUCAUUUGGCAGAAACCCUCCUCCUAAGAGAAGAUGUCGAGAUUAUGAUGAGCGAGGAUUUUGCGUGCUUGGUGAUCUUUGCCAGUUUGACCAUGGAAACGAUCCUUUAGUAGUAGAUGAAGUUUCCUUGCCAAGUAUGAUUCCUUUUCCCCCACCACCUCCGGGAAUUCCUCCUCCUCCUGGCAUGCUUCUGCCCCCUAUGCCAGCUCCAGCUCGCAGUAUGAGGUUGCCAGUUCCACAAGCUCAUACGCAGGCCCCACCUCCUGUUGUGCUGCCUGUACCAAGACCGCCUUUAACACAGUCGAGUCUGAUAAAUAAUCGUGACCAGCCUGGGACAAGUGCAGUGCCCAGUCUUGCACCCGUAGGAGCAAGACUACCUCCUCCUUUACCCCAGAACCUACUGUAUACAGUAUCAGAACAUACAUAUGAGCCAGAUGGCUAUAACCCUGAAGCUCCUAGUAUUACCAGUGCUGGUAGAUCUCAAUAUCGACAGUUCUUUACAAGAGCACAAACGCAGCGUCCAAAUCUAAUUGGCCUAACAUCUGGGGAGAUGGAUACAAAUCCAAGAGCUGCCAAUAUUAUCAUCCAGACUGAACCUCCCAUUCCCAUUACAAAUAACAGCAGCAAUGUAACGAGAGUUGUCCUUGAACCAGACAGCAGGAAGAGAUCUCCAAGUAGCAUGGAAUGUCCACCAUUAAAGAAACCAUGGCUGGGAAAGCAAGCAAAUAACAGCCAGAGUAAGCCAGGAUUUUUGAAAAAGAAUCAGUAUACUAAUACAAAAUUAGAAGUUCGAAAAAUCCCACCAGAAUUGAACAAUAUAACACAGCUCAACGAACAUUUCAGCAAGUUUGGAACUAUUGUAAACAUUCAGGUUGCUUUCCAGAAUGAUCCUGAAGCUGCUCUAAUUCAGUACCUAACUAACGACGAGGCUAGGAAGGCAAUUUCCAGCACAGAGGCGGUUCUGAACAAUCGGUUUAUAAGGGUACUGUGGCACAGAGAAAGUGAACAGCAGCCCCCACUGCUGCAGCAACAGCAGCAGCAGACACCCACGCAGUCUCUUCAUCACCAACUUCACCUUCAGCAGCAAGCCCUGACCACAACUCCAGCUGUAACAAUGCAUAGCAACCUGUCAAAGGUGAUGAAUAAACCACUGGCAUCUGGUGCCUAUGUCCUUAAUAAAGUCCCAGUGAAACGUCGCCUUGGAGCAGCAGGUGGAAACCAGCCUGACGUAAGCCAGUCUGGGGCUGUGGUAGAGGAUGCUCAGACAUUUCCUACUUCUGCAAGCCACUCAAAAAUGGUUUACAGUUCUUCAAACUUAAAAGCAUCCAUGAAGCCUGGUGCAGGGUCUAAACCUCACGAUGUGCAAGAAGCCCUUAAAAAAAAGCAGGAGGCAAUGAAACUCCAACAAGACAUGAGAAAAAAGAAGCAGGAGAUGUUAGAAAAACAAAUAGAAUGCCAGAAGAUGUUGAUAUCCAAGCUGGAGAAAAAUAAGGCCAUGAAACCAGAAGAGAGAGCGGAGAUAAUGAAGACCUUGAAAGAACUAACAGGAAAAAUAUCUCAGUUAAAGGAUGAAUUAAAAACUUCAUCUACAACCUCUACACCAUCGAAGUUAAAGUCCAAGACAGAGGCACAAAAGGAACUUUUAGAUGCAGAACUGGACUUCCAUAAGAGGCUUUCUUCUGGGGAAGACACAACUGAAUUGCGGAAAAAGCUGAGUCAGUUACAAGUAGAAGCUGCCCGUUUGGGCAUUUUGCCUGUUGGUCGAGGGAAGACAGUGCCAGCCCAAGGAAGAGGACGAGGACGGGGUCGCGGUGGGAGAGGAAGGGGCAUGUUGAAUCAUAUGGUGGUGGAUCAUCGUCCCAAAGCACUAACAGUUGGAGGCUUCGUUGAAGAGGAAAAAGAUGAAUUGUUACAGCACUUCUCUAAAUUUGGAGAUAUUGAAGACCUUCAAGAAGAGGAUUCCCCGUUAAGUGUUGUUCUCACUUUUAAAUCUCGCUCAGAAGCUGAGAAUGCUGCUAACCAAGGAUCCCGGUUCAAAGACCGAAGGCUACAGAUAUCAUGGUACAAACCUAAGGUACCCUCUGUGUCCACAGAAAUUGAGGAAGAGGAGUCUAAGGAAGAGGAGACUGAAACCUCAGAUUUAUUUUUGCACGAAGAUGAUGAUGAUGAUGAUGAAGAUGAGGAUGAAUCCCGUUCUUGGAGAAGAUGAAAUUUGAUGUUGGAAAUGUAUACUUUUAGGAAUAUAGUUCAAGCUACAUCUUUUAAACAUUUAUUUAAGGAAGUUGAUGAGCCAAAAAACACUUUACGUUCUUUUCAAACCACAAGAUUUAAAGUGAGCAAAGUUUGUUAUAAAAACAUUUCGGACAUAGAGCUGUGCUACUAAGCUAGCCAAAGGCCCAGUAACAUUUUACACGAUUAUCACGCCCACCAGGGUGGCGAUUUUUUUCAAUUCAAGAAGGAUAAAAAAAGAGAGGGGAGAAAAAAUAGUGUUUUCUUGUCCUCUUUUCGUGUCACCUGUAUUACCUUGUUUUGGGUUUUUUAUAAUGUGAUUGAUUUGUUAGUUUGUAAUUGAAAAGAUAUUACAGGUUUUAUUUAGCAAUAUUAUGGGGCUGGGGGGAAGACAAACUUUCAUUAAAUGUUAUGA